AUGGGCAACCGCGACGAGACCAACGAUGCCAACAAUGUCAACGAUAACGGCAAGGACGACAUCGUCGAUGACAACGCCAACACCAAUGGCAAUAAGAGCAACGACGAUCACGAGAUAAACAACAAGGUCGCGUUGUUCAAUAUCCCACCAGAAAUUUUCCUCCCCAUCAUUGACAACCUGGGUCUGGGCGACCAAUUCAUCCUCUCACAGACAAGUCGCGCAUUACGGCAUGUGUUUUCUCGCGACUGGGUCCAAGAGAUGUCCCAGCUGGGCUUCAAGGAUAGUCUUAGGUUCUGGGCAGCAGUGGCCUCCCGCAAGCCAGAUCACUGGGCAUGUUCGCACUGUUGUAGACUGCAUCCUGUCGAUACCUCAGAUACGCCGAAUACGCCACGGGAUCCUCCUUGUUUUGCUGAAUAUGGCAUGGAAGAUGUGAGCAAGGGCUAUACACUCCAGGAGAGUCACGUCCAAAAUGCCUUGAAGCUCCACCGCCUAGGGAAUCAGCAUCAGGACUAUUUGGCCGGCCUCAUGCGCCCUUACUCGACUUUUUCUAAAAGGGAAUUCAUGUUUGAAAACGCUUUUACGGAAUCCUACACGCUAAACCCGAGGAUUAUUGACAACCGAUUCAUCAUACAGGAGGAGUGGAUCAUCCAAGAUGAAGACGAAGUCGAUAGGGCGCUCUCCCAGCAUGUCAAAAUCUACGCCUGCCCACACGUCGGUGUCUUCGAUGGAGGAUAUCUCCGCUCCAUAGAUUGGAAAAUGCAGGCCAGCGAGCUGCUUCGGCGGAUCAGACCGGGGGCCUUUGAAAUUACGAUCCUCGAGUCGAUGAUGCGACUCGCCGUAAAGGGACCAGGCUACAGCAUGUAUGAUUCCUGCCCACGCUGCCCGACGGACUACGAAGUGGUAGUCUCCGAGGAUCAACACACGGCGACGAUCCGGGCUUGGCAUGACUUUGGCGGAGAGGGAGCGCCUGUGGAUACUGGCUGGGAUGCACAUGUGCGGAGUCCUGGGCCCGACGACUGGAUGUAUCGGGGGUUUGCAAUGCGUGAGGAUGGAGGAAGGGUUCGGAGGUUGUGGUUGAGCAGUACUUCUUGA